CCCAACAUAAUGCCUUGCUGGAAGAAGUAGUUUGAUUCGAAAAAAAAUUACUUAUUUUUAGUGAAGACACGGAGAGUGGUAAAUGUUUUCAAAUCAAAUCAAAUCCAAUCGACAGUAUGAUGUGCGAAGCUCACUGCCUACCAUUGAAUAUCAGACAAAAGUACCUAAUUACAAAGUUCGCAGCCAAAAAGAUGUCUACUCCCCAAACAGGUUUAAUAAAGACAAUCUCAGAACCCUAUCACGAACACCUCCUUAAACCGCUUUAUAUAAAGCUUCACGACAUCCUCGAAGAGAUAUCCUUCAACAUCAGCAACAUAAAACCAAAAGAAACGUUCCCAACAAUCCCUCCAUGGAACAUGAAUCAUAUAGAAGCCAGCACAGAACUUACCAAAUUCAACAAAAACAACACACCACAUAGUCUUAUCAUCAAUGCGUUCUACGAAAUAAUAAACACCAAAUUCAAAAAUUACUACCACUUCUAUACAGACGCCUCCAAAACAACGAAUGAAACCGGUUUCGCCAUUACCCACAGGGAUGAAAAUAGUCUUCAUAAAUUAGACCCUCUAUUCAGCAUAUACUCAGCAGAAACAUUCGCCAUACUCGAAGCUACAUUAACCGCACUCUACUCAAACCACGUUAAAAUUCUCAUCUUAAGUGACUCUAUGAGCGCGGUCACCUCAAUAGCCAACGUACAUUCAAAAUGCGACCACGCCCAAAGCAUUCAAAACAUAAUCCUCUCAACCGACAAAUUCAUCAAACUCAUGUGGGUUCCAUCCCACAUAGGCAUCCCCGGUAAUGAACUCGUUGACGAACUGACGAUGAAAGCGGCUAGCUCCCCGGACAUCAAAAUAUACCCGCAUGUAACAUACGACGAUGUAAUCCGCGCCCUCAAAACGAAAUUUUAUACCCUCUGGCAGAAUCAAUGGCAAAAACAAUCCAACCAAAACAAUAAACUCAGACAAAUAAAACCAUUAAUCAAAAAAUGGCCGGACUCUCCAGCCAAGCUUACAUGACAUGAAGAGACCAUGAUCGCCAGAGUACGCAUUGGACAUACUAGAAUCACCCACUCCCAUCUUAUGCGUAAAGAGCUCAAACCCAGGUGCGAAACAUGCAACUGCGAAAUCACCGUCAACUAUAUAUUCCUAGAAUGCCCCAUUUACUAUAACGCCAGAUCAAAACCAAACAUAAACACCUCCUCACUUAAAGACGCACUCGGACCAGGACAAGAAAAAAACAAUAAACUUCAUCAAGAUAGCCGACCUCACAACCAACAUAUAAGACAAGAACCAAAGAUAGCACACUACAACUAUCUAAU